AUGUUUCACCACGGACCUGUCAGAGAUUCCUUAGCAUGGGAUGUGAUCAAGGUCACCAUUGUCGACGCGCCUGAGUUGUCAGUGUACCUUGACCAGAACUUGACUGUUUCCCAGGCAGUAGUACAAGCGGCGUCCGGAAGUACCAAGUGA